AGCCACCAAUUCGUCCACGGCAGCAAAGAUGGGUGCCUUCCUGGAAAGACCGAUGACUUCCAAGCACAAUGAGCAUGGGGAAGGCAAUGGCCUCCGGUACGGGGUCGGUUCUAUGCAGGGUUGGCGGUGCGAAAUGGAGGACGCCUACCACGCCAAAACCGGACUCGGCGAAAGUCUGGAAGAUUGGAACUAUUUUGCCGUGUUCGAUGGACACGCAGGGGACAAUGUGGCGAAACAUUGUGCGGCCAAUCUGCUGCAGCGUAUCAUUACCACCACCGAGUUUGGCAACAAUGAAAUUACGAAGGGCAUUCACACCGGGUUCCUGCAGCUGGACGAAUCGAUGCGCGAUCUGCCGGAGCUUGCCACGGGCGUAGACAAAUCGGGCACAACGGCAGUCUGUGCGUUCAUUUCCCGCCAGCAGCUGUACGUAGCGAACUGUGGAGAUUCGCGUGCCGUACUCUGCCAGAAUGGACAGCCAAUCUUUUCCACCCAGGACCACAAACCGAUCUUACCGGGUGAGAAAGAGCGCAUACUGAAUGCGGGCGGUUCGGUGAUGGUGCAGCGUGUGAACGGCAGUUUGGCCGUUAGCCGAGCGCUUGGUGAUUUUACGUACAAAAAUGUGAAGAACCUUGGCCAGUGCGAACAGUUAGUAUCGCCCGAGCCAGAAAUCUUUUGCCGCGAUCGGGAACCGGCGGACGAAUUUCUGGUGCUCGCCUGUGACGGUGUGUGGGACGUGAUGAGCAACGAGGAGCUGUGCCAGUUCGUACACAAUCGGCUCCAGUUAUCGGACAGUUUGGUGGACGUGGCGAAUCAGGUGAUCGACACGUGUCUGCAUAAGGGCAGUCGGGACAAUAUGUGUAUCAUUAUUAUUGCUUUCCCGGGUGCGCCCACCGUCUCGGAGGAGGCGCAAAAGCGUGAGGAAGCGCUGGAAGCACAUUUGCGCACCCGCAUCGAGGAGAUACUGAAGACGAUGGAUCCGGUCGACUAUGGUAUGCUGUUGAAGAAGUUGGCGAACGAGGACAUUCCCGAUUUACCUCCGGGUGGUGGACUACACGCCAAGUGUUCUUAUGUUUCGAAAGUGUUUCAAGAGUUACAUCCAAAGUUGGCCGAAACGUGCGAAGUUGGGAAAUAUUAG